AGAUCGCAAUGAUCCAGCUGCCGAGCUUGCCACCUUCGACGACAGAAUCCCCCGACGCAGUCCGCGAGCGCAAGCUGGCGCGCGACGUCUUGGAGAGCGCGGCCAUCAUGAGCAUCCAUCAGGAAGACAUGGCCGGCUUUGAGCGCAACAUGACGCAGCUCAAGGUGUACUACAACUCGUAUGGCGCGCAACUGCCGGCGUCGAACCUCCAGUACCCGCUCAUGGGCACGCGGCUCUUGCACUUGCUUGUGGAAAACCGCAUGGCCGAGUUCCAUGGCGAGCUCGAGAUUCUGCCGGUGCACGGCCGCAAUGACGCGAACAUUGCGUUUGCGAUGCAACUCGAACAGUACCUUAUGGAAGGCAGCUACAACAAGGUCCUAGAGGCGCGCACGAACGAGCCCAACCCGUAUUUCAAGUUUUUCAUGGCGCAGCUGCUCCAAACCGUCCGCGACGCGAUUGCCGAUUGCGCCGAAGUCGCGUACGCGUCGCUCGACGUGGCCGACGCGGCCAAGAUGAUGAUGUUUGCGUCGCCGCACGAGUUUGCGGCGUAUGCGUCGACGAAGAAGCCGCAGUGGAUCCUCAAGGACAACAAUGUGUGGUUCCACGCACCGCAAAAGCACCUCGGCGCGUCCGACAUUCCGUCCAUGCGCUUGGUCGGCGAGACGCUGUCGUACGCGACCGAGCUGGACCGCAUCGUCUAAGCCCUUGCUACCACGUAAUACAUAGUACCUUGAUGGUGCACGAUUUGCGACCCUG